AAAGGGAAAAUAAUAAAUGGGAGAAGAAGGGGAGAGAAAAAGUCGUCCAAGAUGGCCGUGAACGAGACUCUUCUCGGCAGUACAAUGACGAAUUUCACUCUUCCCAGUCCAAAAAGACACCGAAAAUAUGAAGAAACGGGAACGAUUCACGAUGAGUUACGGAACAUUCAGAGUGUUAUUCGCCUAACCAAAGAGAAUAUUGAUGCACUCAAUGCACAGUUUGCUGGAUUCCAGCACCCGCCAUUGAUGUACAUAGCUGAAUAUAAUGAGCUGACAAGCAAGUUGCACGAAUUUAAAGCCAGGGAGCAAGAACUCAUCGAAAGGGUAAGCGCAGUUACUGCGUCUAAUGGGCGACAGAGCCCUGGUGGUCACCGUAUAGAAGACUGUUCCGAUGCCGACCUGCCGCCACACCUGAAAACUGGAUUUGUUUCGGAUAGCGGUGGAGGAGGGCAUCGGCACGGUCAACAACAUCAUUCUCAUCAUCAUCAAGCGCCUGCCCAGCCUUUAGUCGCAAUCCCGCCACCCCCUCGAUCACCGCUAAAGUCAGUCGUACGCGCCUACCUGCCCAACGAGCAGCGGACCAUCGUACAAGUCAAACCAGGACAAACUGUGCGUGAAGCGCUUUCCAAAGCCAUGAAACUGCGCAAACUGGACCCUUCUAUAUGUGCCGUCUAUCGUUGUACACAGCCAGAGUCAAAAGUACAGUGGGAUGCAGACAUAGCAUCAGUCGAAGGUGGAGAAAUUCGCGUCAAAUUAGAGAGUUUCUCAGCCACAACCAGCAUAUCUCAUAACUUUGUUCGUAAAACAUUUUUUUCCUUGGCUUAUUGCGAGUCCUGCCGCCGUCUGCUCUUUCAAGGCUUCUAUUGUCGGACAUGCGGAUAUCGUUUUCAUCAACGCUGCGCUGCCGCCGUCCCACCCUUGUGCAAUCCGGCACACGUGGCCGAAAACACACUUCUACAGAUGUUAAUAUCGUGUCCAGAAGGUCCUGAAAUCUUCUCAGGGGGCCUUCCUUAUCCGACUUCAUUCCAGCCAAUACAGAUCCCUCGACGCCACCCACCACCCUUAGCACAGCGAGAACGCUCCACAUCGGCUCCCAACGUUUGUUACAACAUGGUCGGCAAUCAGAGUGGCGUGGACUCCACUUUAGAGGACUGGACGUACCGCAUCAAAAUGCAAAACAUGGCCGCAACAGAACCCGGCCUGAUCAAUUUAACACGUUUUAUACAAAACGGCGGAAGCCGGAGCAACAGCAACAAAGGCUUGAAUGGCAUCCGGGAAGAGCAGCAUGAGAACCAGCCCCCCGAGCCUCAGCAGCAACAUCAACAGGCGCAUGUUGGCGGGAGGUGGGCUCUCCCGUUCUCCAACCUGGCUAUCGGACUGACGUUGCCAACCUCCAAUGGCAGCUACUUACACCGAGUAACCAACUUCAUGGGAGGUGGCGGUGGCAACGGAGGAGUCCCACCCACUCUGAGUGGUCUGGGCGGUGCUUCCAGCCCAGGUAGCAGUCCGACAAAACCAUCGCAUAGUCACAGUGCUCAGGCUAGCCCAACAAACACACUGAGGCCAUGGAGGCCACGAGCGAGAAGCGCAGACGAAAGUAGCAAAAAGGUACGAGCGUCGCGCGAAUCGAUCGAGGACUGGGAAAUUCCAGCGGACGAAAUCCUCAUUGGCCCACGCAUCGGAUCAGGUUCUUUCGGGACAGUGUAUCGCGGUCACUGGCACGGCCCAGUCGCUGUCAAAACCCUCAAUGUCAAGGAUCCUACCCCUGCUCAGUUACAGGCAUUCAAAAACGAAGUGGCCGUUUUACGGAAAACUAGACAUGUCAACAUUUUACUCUUCAUGGGAUGUGUGAGUAAGCCGCAGCUUGCCAUCGUGACGCAGUGGUGUGAGGGCUCAUCCCUUUACAAGCAUCUACACGUUCUUGAGACGAAGUUUGAACUUUUAACACUCAUCGAGACGGCACGUCAAACGGCCCAGGGCAUGGAUUAUCUUCACGCCAAAAAUAUUAUUCACCGUGAUCUUAAGAGCAACAACAUUUUCUUGCACGACGACCUGACUGUCAAAAUUGGUGAUUUCGGACUUGCAACGGUCAAAACGCGCUGGUCGGGAUCUCAUCAGUUCCAACAACCUUCCGGAUCAAUACUUUGGAUGGCACCUGAAGUGAUACGCAUGAAGGACGAAAACCCUUACAGUUUCCAAUCAGAUGUGUACGCUUUCGGAGUCGUCCUUUAUGAGCUAUUCAGUGGCCAACUACCCUAUUCACACAUCAGUAACAAGGAUCAGAUACUGUUUAUGGUGGGAAGAGGAUUCCUUCGCCCAGAUUUAAGUCAUGUCCGAUCGGAUACCCCGAAAGCCCUUCGCCGGCUGUUGGAAUCGUCAAUUAAGUUCACGCAAGAAGAACGACCGCUCUUUCGUCAGAUACUCGUCUCUCUCGAAAGCCUAUCACGAUCCUUACCCAAAAUUCAUCGCUCCGCAUCGGAACCUACGCUGAGUGGAAGUCAUUUUCAAUCGGAGGAUAUUUACUUCGCCUAUGCCCUGCCCAAGACUCCUAUGAACGCCCAAUUCGGUGCAUUUCCUCUCUUCAACACGGGAGGUGUCAUUUAAACAUUGAGGAGAGGAAACAACAACAACAAAAAAAAAAAAUGAGGGAAAUCGAAAUUUUAACAGAAAAAAAAUUGCUUUUGAAAUUUUGCCAUUGCGGCGCCGCCCCUGCCCUCCCUUGAUAAUUUUUCUAAACGCAAGUUCAAAAUAUUGUUUCAAUUUUUAAGCUUUAAAUGAAAAAAAAAAAAAAAUAAGCCAACAGACAGACAAUAGUUGACGAUCCUUUUUUUUUGUUUUUUUAAAUCAUUUUUAUUUACUUGUAGAGGAGUUGGUCACGUUACCUUCAUGCAACUCCCGACCUAGCAUAGGGAUGUAUUGUACACAAUAUUAUUGGCACCAUUGGUUGUGUUGUGUAGACAACAAUUUGACUGUCCCCUCGUAAACCAGAUAUCUAUUGUACCUUCUGUCGUCCGUUCGCCCUCCCGUUUCCCAAUCGACAACAAAGUCUUGAAAUUUUCUCGCACACGUUUCAUGACUACCUUUUUUUUUCUGUGUUCGUCCGCUCGGCGCUGUUUGUUAUCCCAAUUACUAUUCCCUCCACCCGAUAUGCUCCUUUUUUUUCUCUUCAAGUUUUUGGGUUUCGUGCAUGUGAAUGUUCCAUGUUUUUGUUUCUUUCCCCCCUCUUCACCUUAAAUAUAAACUUUUCAAGUCUAGAUGACCACGUGUGGUCUUCCCUCGAUACGGGGGGUGGGAAAAAACUGAAAAACAAAAGAAAAAAAAUACCACAAAACAAAAUUGUAUCCCUCCAUAUUGACAUUACGUAUAGGUAAAGUUAAAAAAAAAAUAAUAAUAAAUAAAAAAUGGUGAUUCAAGAAAAAAGAAAAGGUACCAACGGAGAAACAAAAGUAAAACAAACAUUGAAAUAACUGUCCUAGCUGUGGUUUUCCUGUCCACGUAUGUAAUGCUUUCAUCUUCUCUGCUGUACAUAAACCUCCCGACCGUUGCGAUAAACCAUUCAAAUAAACAUGAAAUGCCUCAAAUCGAA